CUUUUAGGUUCAACUCAAGCUGCUGGGACCAGGGUUCCCCACAAUCCUUGGCCUGAUAACACGAGAAAACCGACGAUACAUCAGACGAUAACAAUGAGGUUCAGUGCACCUCCGACCCCGACGGGUUUCCAAAGUCGCAGUCGUCGGAACACUGGACUGCAAGGUGUCAAGCAUCAUCAGCGGACAGGCACUCAUCCAUUGCUUCUCUCCAGUCGACGGAAACCUAGAAGAUGGCCGCUAGUUCUCCGAUUCAUAAAGGGAGCCGUCCAUGCCGCAAUCAUUGUACCUGUGAUGCUGCAUGGAUUGUUCACGGCCUUGGUUGUAUGUCUGGAUACUUAUGUCUUCGAGACCGUGGGCUUACCUUCGACAAUUAUCCCAUCUCUCUCAAUAGUCGUCGGUCUUAUGCUCGUGUUCCGCAACCAGACAUCGUAUAAUCGAUUCUGGGACGGGCGCAAUGCCGUGAGCACGACGAAUUCGUGCAUCCGUAACCUAGUCCGGAUGAUCCUGACAAACAGCUACAGCACCAAUGGUCCAUUGACUCAAGAAGAGAAGGAAGAUGUUGAACGCACAGUCCGCGUCCUGAUCGCCCUCCCAUUCGCUCUCAAGAACUAUCUGCGUUCGGAGUGGGGUGCCUGGCAACUGGGAGCCACAUGGGACGAAGUCCUUGAGAACGGUGCCGGACCCAUUUACAAUCCCGAAUAUGCAAGCCUCCUGCCUGUCGGACUACAGGCUCUGGAGGAUAAAGGACUGGGUUUGCCAUUCGAACUGACAUUCUUCGUGGAUUCUUUUGUAAAGCGGGGUGUCGACCGGGGUUGGUUUCACGCACCAGGGGCGAGUCAGAUGCAGGCUCAGCUGAAUACCCUGACGGAUGCUUAUGGCAAGAUGGAAACGAUCAAGCUGACCCCUAUACCGGUCGCUCAUUUAAUUCACCAAAAGCAAGUCCUAGCCCUCUACGGCUGUGUACUUCCCUUUGCCAUGGUCGAUGACAUGGGAUGGUGGACCGUGGCCGUCUGCACUCUGAUCAUGUUCACCUUCUAUGGUAUCGAAGGCAUUGCCUCUCAGCUCGAAGACCCCUUCGGCUACGACCGCAACGACAUAAAGAUGGACGCCAUCGUCCUCGACACGAAGACCGAACUGGACGUUAUCCUCGCAGAAUGGCGCAAAAUGACUGCCGCAACAGAGACCGUCCCUCAGACGUCUUCCUCAGGCGCCAACUCGAACCCGACCAAUGGCGCGCAAAAGAAGUAUCGGCAUCCAGACAUGUUCGUGAGAGCGAGACCACGCACGUCGGUGCCCAUGUCAGAAGCUGCCGAGGAUUGAUCUUGGGCGAGCUUUUGAAGAGCUCCUGAAUACACGCUUAGAAUCAAGUGUACCGAGCCGUCUUGUUACGCGAAGACGGAUGGGGGCCGUACCCGCUAUUUUGAUAUAGGACUUCACAGCUUCAAUGACCACGUUGUCCGUCACUGUGAAAUG